UUCCACGGGUCUCAGAUAACACGUUCUGGAGACAACUCCCAUUGUCACAGGCAUAAAAGAGGUGGGGUGGGGGAACGGAGCACACGCUGCUGCCUCGGGAUCACAAACGGCGUGAGCUGCAGGCCCUUGGUAUUUCUCACCAUGGCCACUUACAGCUUCAGGCAAAUGACUUCUUCCGUGGCAGGGCGGCCCGGCAGCUCCUCGGUCCGUGCCGGCGGAGGUUGCUUUCGGGCUCCCAGCAUCCACGGGGGCUCGGGUGGCAGGGGGGUGUCGGUCUCUUCUGCUAGAUUUGUCUCAUCUGGCCCAGGAAGCGGCCUGGGCGGUGGCUAUGGGAGCAGCUUUAGCAGGACCUUUGGUGGUGGUUUUGGUGGUGGUUCGGGUAGCGGCGACGGCCUCCUCUCGGGAAAUGAAAAGGCGACCAUGCAGGGCCUGAACGAACGCCUCGCUUCUUACCUGGAGAAAGUGCGUGCGCUGGAAGAGGCCAACUCUGAUCUUGAAACUAAGAUCCGAGACUGGUACCAAAAGCAAGGACCAGGCCCAGCUCGGGACUACAGUCCUUACUACAAGAUUAUUGAAGACCUUCGGGACAAGAUCCUUGAUGCCACCAUUGACAACUCGAAGAUUGUCUUGCAGAUUGACAAUGCCAGGCUGGCUGCCGACGACUUCAAAACCAAGUUUGAAACCGAACAAGCUCUUCGCAUGAGCGUGGAGGCCGACAUCAACGGCCUGCGCAGGGUCCUGGAUGAGCUGACCCUGGCUAGAACAGACCUGGAGCUGCAGAUUGAAAACUUAAAGGAGGAGCUGGCCUACCUCAAGAAGAACCAUGAGGAGGAAAUAAGCGCCCUGGGAGGGCAAGUGGCCGGCCAAGUCAGUGUUGAGCUGGACUCUGCUCCAGGCAUUGACCUGUCCAAGAUCCUGGCUGAUAUGAGAGACCAAUACGAGCACAUGGCUGACAAGAACAGGAAGGAUGCCGAGGCCUGGUUCCAAACCAAGACCGAAGAGCUGAACCACGAGGUAGCCGUCAAUACCGAGCAGCUGCAGAGCAGCAAGUCCGAAGUCACCGACCUGAGACGCACCCUCCAAGGGCUGGAAAUAGAACUUCAGUCCCAGCUCAGCAUGAAAGCCGCGCUGGAAAGCACCUUGGCAGACACGGAAGGGCGUUACGGCGCCCAGCUGGCGCAGAUCCAGGGCCUGAUCGGCAGCAUCGAGGACCAGCUGGCUGAGCUCCGCGCCGAUCUGGAGCGCCAGAACAGCGAAUACAAGAUCCUCAUGGAUAUCAAGACUCGACUGGAGCAAGAGAUCGCUACUUACCGACAACUCCUGGAAGGCCAGGAGUCCCAGAUAUUUGGCCCCCUCUCUGGAACUGCCGACAAGAGAGACAAGAUGGCAGAUGGAAAAUAAUGCUGAGCGUCCUGCAAAUGUCAUCUUCAAGACGAGAAAAAGCAGACAGCACACAGGAAUCGGAGGGGAAUC